GAAAUACGUUACAGUUAAUAACAAACCACAAUGAAAUAUAACACUGUAUAAAUAGCUUUCAAAUCCAUCUUGGGUCAAUGUAUGGCUACUAUAUGUUCAAAGUACGAGUAAAGAAUGAUAACCAAGGAUCGCAAUAGCACACCCGGCUUGAAACGAACAGCUUAGCCAAAAAAACGCUUGCCAAAGAAAAUCAUUUGAACUAUUUAUCUAGUAUUCUGGAAGCUGAAGGUUUGAAACAUGAAAGAGUUAUGACGCCUAGACUUACCAGAAGUCACAGAUUCGAUGCCUCUCCUGAUAAUCGGGGUAGUAAUCAACAUAUAAGCGUGAAAUAUCAGAACAAUUUACCAACCAGGAAACUCUUUGAAUUAGCCUCACAAACGAGAAGAUACAACCUAACCAUGACUGGUUUCCUUCGACAUCAUGGAAUAACCGAGAAAAAACAUAUACCAAGGACUGAAUUACAAAGUUGUGGAUAUCGGGCAGCGUUUGGAGUCAAGAGUAGGGCCUUAAAAAGCUAUCUACCGUCACAUUUUCUAAUACUGCUAGCGACUAAUUGAAUUAUGAAGAACUUGAUAACUUAGAAGAAGCAUGCAAUACAGUGUCCACUUUGGACGCAGGUGAUAAUAGUCAGUGAAGUGGCUGCUUGUACGACAGUAUUUCUUAGUACUCAAAGACAAAGAAGGAAGACCAAUCACUGAGAUUCAACAACAGCGCAACAGAUGGGCAGAGUACUUCGAGGAACUCCUGAACAGACCGGCUCCAAUGAAUCCACCGGACAUCGAAGCAGCACACACAGAUCUUCCUAUAAAUGUCAAUCUACCAACGACAGAAGAAAUCAGAAUGGCCGUCAGACAAAUCAAGAGCGGGAAAGCAGCAGGACCUGACAAUAUACCAGCUGAAGCGUUGAAGUCAGACAUCGAAGUAACUACAAGCAUGCUUCAUCUUCUAUUCAAGAUUUGGGAGGAGGAACAAGUGCCGAUGGAUUGGAAAGAAGGACACCUCAUCAAGAUUCCAAAGAAAGGAGAUCUGAGCAAGUGUGAAAACUACAGAGGCAUUACACUACUGUCAAUACCGGGUAAAGUCUUCAACAGAGUGUUACUGAACAGGAUGAAAGACGCAGUUGACGCUCAACUUCGAGAUCAACAAGCUGGAUUCCGUAAGGACCGGUCGUGCACAGACCAGAUUGCGACACUACGGAUCAUCGUCGAACAAUCAAUUGAGUGGAACUCGUCACUCUACAUCAACUUCAUUGAUUAUGAGAAGGCAUUUGACAGUGUAGAUAGGAGGACGUUAUGGAAACUUCUUCGACACUACGGAGUUCCUGAGAAGAUUGUCAACAUUAUCCGGAACUCAUACGACGGACUACAGUGCAAAGUAGUGCAUGGAGGACAGCUGACAGACGCAUUCCAAGUAAGGACCGGAGUAAGACAAGGCUGUCUACUCUCUCCCUUCCUCUUUCUUCUGGUGGUCGACUGGAUUAUGAAGACCUCGACAUCUGAGAGAAACUACGGCAUACGAUGGACAGCUCAGAACCAAUUAGACGACUUGGACUUCGCAGAUGACCUAGCCCUCCUAUCACAUACACACGAACAAAUGCAGAUAAAGACAGCCAGCAUAGCAGCAGUCUCUGCAUCAGUAGGCCUCAACAUACACAAAGGGAAAACCAAGGUCCUCAAACACAACACGGAGAACAGCAAUCCAAUCACUCUUGAUGGCGAAACUCUGGAAGACGUGGAAUCCUUCACAUACCUGGGAAGCAUCGUCGAUAAACAAGGAGGUUCAGAUGCAGACGUCAAGGCGAGGAUUGGCAAAGCUAGAGCGGCAUUCCUUCAACUGAAGAACAUAUGGAACUCAAAACAACUUUCAACCAAUAUCAAAGUCAGAAUCUUCAAUACGAACGUCAAGGCAGUUCUACUGUACGGAGCUGAAACUUGGAGAACUACAACAACCACCAUCAAGAAGGUACAGGUAUUUAUUAAUAGCUGUCUACGCAUGAUACUCAACAUCCAUUGGCCGGAAACCAUCAGCAACAGCCUUUUGUGGGAGAGAACCAACCAGCUUCCAGCUGAAGAGGAAAUUAGGAAAAAACGAUGGAAAUGGAUAGGACAUACAUUGAGGAAAUCAUCAAACUGCAUUACGAGACAAGGGCUAACUUGGAAUCCUGAAGGGAAGCGGAAAAGAGGAAGGCCAAAGAACACAUUACGUCGGGAAAUAGAAGCAGAUAUGAAAAAGAUGAAUAAGAACUGGAAAGAGCUUGAAAGGAUUGCCCAGGACAGGGUUGGAUGGAGAAUGCUGGUGAGCGGCCUAUGCUCCUUUACGAGGAGUAACAGGCGUAAGUAAGUAAGUAAGUAAUUUCUUAGUACUCACAAACACAAGGGUAAGGUCUUGAAGUAAAACAUUAUGAACAACAACCAAAUCUCACUUUAAUGGCGAGACUCCAGAAGAGAUAAAAGCCUUUAACUACUUGAAUAACACUAAUAAACAAAGAGGAUUCGAUGUAGAUGUCAAGGCAUGGAUUGGAGAAAUAAAUGACAACAUUCCUAAGAUUCCGAAAUGUUUGGAAAUCAGAAUGAACGUCACUAAAGAUGAAAGUCGGAAGUCUCAUCACAAACGUUAAGCAAGUUCUACGAGGCCGAAACCUAGAUGACUACCACAACCAUCACCGAAAAAAUGCGCAUAUUUAGGAACAUCCACCUAUGAAACGUACAUCAGACCCAGUGUUCAGAUGACAUUAGCAAAACAGCUGCAACCUGAGAUAAUAGUUAGGAAAAGACCAUGAAGCGUGGUAUCGGCAAUUAGAGAAAGACGACCAGGAAACGGCUGCGAGGGGGAAACUCAUGAUAGGGAGGUUUGGAUAUCUAUAGUCAUGAGCCAAUACCCCAUCAGAAAAUCUAGGUUUCGGUUAUAAUAAUGACUAGAUUUAAGUACUUUUUAAAAAGCACGUACAGGAAGCGUUCAGUUAUGAUUGCCUAUAUAUUAAUCAAAAAACUUAAUUAUGUAAGACUUCAGGAUAUUUAUGAUGAAGCUCAUUUCAAAACGUUUGAAAUAUUUAUAUAAACAAUCAUGAGUAUAAAAUAAAAAAUUCAUUGAAAAUUGAACUUAAUUUGUACUAUUUAAAAAACCUAUUUAACACUGUUGAGGGUGCAAACCAAACUUCAAUAACUCAGUGAUUUUCAAAAAUUAUAAAGUCAAAGGACAGUUGAUACAAAGCAUUAGGAAUGAGAUGAAAAUUUACAUAACACUGAUUCCAGCCAGAUUAAGGGAUUACAUUCACAUAAAACAAGUAAAAAACACUUUAAACUACGAGGUCAGAAAACACGCUUCUUUAAAAACAGCGACGUAGAUGUUUAACAUAUGAAAUAUAUUCGCCUAGAUCACUAUGAACUCGCUCAUGAUAAGUGAAGACUUGGUGAUCGCUAAUUAUUUAAAUUCUCAAUAGCUUAAUGGCAAAUCAGAAAGUGAACAACCAGCUGAGGAGAAAACCAGAAAGCAAGUUUAUUAGGGAGAUAUGUGUUGCAGAUAGUGCUGUAAAAAGUUUAUUGUUGGAAAAUGAAUACGAUUACCAAAUAAAAUGAUAAAACCACGGGUUUCUUGUAAUAAGAGAUAAAAGUAUUCAAAACCUAACAAAAAUCUAAGGUAUUUCAGUGUAAUUUUUUUUAUCGUUUAAAGAUUAUACGUAAUUUAUUCUCAUUUGAAAUAAUUUUUGAAUGCGUACACUCGUUAUUAGUGAUAGAUCAUAUUUUUCCUAACACACACAAUAUUAUCAAUUAAAAUUCAAAAGCAUUUUGAUUCAUUUAAGUGACGGUAAUAAACGAGAAAGCCUGAGCAGAAUGUCUCUCAACGUAAAAGGCUUCACCGCCAAUACGACCUUGAUCUCAAAUCGUUGU